AUGAAACGCAGACAAAGGAGACAGAAACAGAAAGAAAAAAGAAAAAAAGAAGAAUACGAGGCGCAGCAAAAGCAACAGAAACUGCAGCAGCAAGAGCAACAACAGAAGCGACAGCAACAGCAACAGCAGCAGCAAGAGAAGCUGAAACAGCAGCAAAAGCAGCAGCAGCAGCAGCAGCAGCAGCAGCAAGAGCAGCAGAGUAAGCAGAGCAAACGACCCCCACAGGAGCGCCACCAAGUAGGCAUCCAAUCAAAGCAUGAGCAGCAGCAGCAACAGCAGCAGCAACAGCAGCAGCAACAGCAGCUGCAAGAGCAGCAGCAGCAGCUGGAGCCUCAGCAGCUACUGCAGCAGCAGCACCUCCAGCAGCAGCAGCAGCAGCAGCAGCAGAAGCUGCUGCAGCGAAGGCUAUCGAAGCGACGGGCGCUGUAA